UGAAAGUCGACCUUAAAUUUAAAUUCCCUGCACUGCGAUCGAACAAGACCAAACAUCAAACGACGAGCAAGACGAGUGAGAUUUGGUUGGAUCUCGAACUCGAGUAGAUUUAAAUUUUGUCCCAGAGAGAAAUUAAGAGAAAAUGGCUGAAAAGAAAUUACAUACUUUGCAAACGAAUGAGGAGAUUAUCGAAGAAUUAACGAAAGAUUUUAAAAGUACCUGUAUGAAGGAUGAUAAGACGAAAUCUGAGAAAGGUGAAAAUUUCGAGUCAAACAGUAGUAAUAAGGAUGAUCCCUGGGAGAAUAUAGGAAAAGAUCCUGAUGAGGAUGAAAAGGAGGAAAAAUCUGAAACAACUGAAAAUGUAAUUGAUGAAGAUUUAUCCGACGAAGAGGAGUUAAAAGACAGGGAUUUAAAUUUAACCGAGGAAGACAAAAAGUUGUUGCAAAAAGAGUCUGAAAUCAUCAGAAGAGAUGCUAAUGAUCGAUUCAGAAUGGGUGAAUUUGAAACAGCCCUGUCUAUGUAUUCUCAAGCUUUGAAAAUUUGUCCUUUGUGUUGUACUCAAGAAAGGACUUUUCUCUUCGCUAACAGGGCUGCAGCUAAAUCCAAACUUCCGAAUGAGAAACAAUCUGCAAUUAGAGAUUGUACUAAAGCUAUUCAACUAGAUCCAAAUUAUGUAAAAGCUUAUUUAAGACGUGCUAAUUUAUACGAGGAAACAGAGAAAUUCGAUGAGGCUUUGGAAGACUUUAAAAAAGUUUUAACUUUCGAUCCAAGUCACACCGAGUCGAAUUGUGCAAUUAGGAGGCUACCAAGUUUAAUUGAACAGAGAAACGAGAAAUUAAAAACCGAAAUGCUGGGAAAAUUGAAAGAUCUUGGUAACUUAGUUUUAAAACCUUUUGGCCUCUCAACCGAUAAUUUCCAGUUACAACAAGAUCCAAACAGUGGUGGCUAUUCUGUAAAAUUUAAUCAGAAUUCAAGUUAAGAGGAUAUGGAAAAAUAUAAAACUGACGAAUGAAUGUGUUUACAAUAUGUAUAAAUUAUAAAAAAAAAAUUGUAGCAUAAGGAAAAACUAAGUUUUAAAUAAAUUUUGUUCCAAUUUUUUCUAUUAAAAA